UUCGCAUGCGCUUCUUCAUACAUACAUAUAUGGAGGGAGGGAUCUUAGGCUAGUUUCUCCUGGAUUCCAGUUGACCUUCCGCCUGGGUGCUUCUUCACCUCUCGGCAUAAUAAUGACUCUCAGCUCAACCGCUCUCAUCUUCAUUGUCCUCGUGGCUGCCCUGGCCUCCGUCGCCACCGCCGCCGGUAUCUUCGGGUUCCUUGGACCGACGCAAUAUGCCGUGUAUUCUACCUCCCUCGAGCAGCAGCGCUAUAUGCGAGACCUGCGGCAGAGAAAUCUCCAUGUCCUGUUACAGGACGCUCGGCCAAAUGUGUGUCUGGACACUUCCUUUCCUUAUAUCUCUGCACUAACGUUGAAUUUGUAGAAGAAUCACGGUUAGGAGGAAUUAGUGCUAGGCGGUUGGAAUAUAGGCGUGGUGAUUUGGGAAGAACAAGCAUUAGA